UGGUCAAUAUCAGGCGAUACAAUUUUCUAGGAGGAUUAUAAAAGCCCGAUCCUACAGUUGAAUCUCAUCUUGCUAGCUGACAGCUUAGACAGAUCAUCUCCGUAGAAAGUGUCAUCAUGCUUCGUCUUGUUCUCCUCGCCUUGGUGGGCAGUGCCCUCGCUGUUUACGAUGAGCAUCAUCUUGCUCCCAAAUUCAACGACUUCUGCAAGAAGUGCAUCGAAGAGAGAAAUGGCGUAGGCUACUACGAGAACCCAGAAGACUGCAAAACUUAUCUCCAGUGCGAUUUGGAUGAUGACCUUAACAUCAAGGUUCACGUGAAGGAAUGUGCUGAAGGCACCCUCUUCGACGGUACCAUUGUUACCUGCGUUCCAUGUGAGGUCGCCACCUGCCCAGGCAGCAAGGUCCCAUACCCACAGUGCCCACCAAGAACCGCCCCACCAACCACCACCCUCGCUUACACCACCCUUCCCCAGUUUGACGGCAAAUGUGACGGCCCUGACGGAUGGACCUACUUGGCCGUGUGGGGUGAUGCCAACACCUUCUACAGAUCCCAGACCCUUGGUGAUGAGACCAGAAUCGAGCGUGUCAGCUGCGGACAGUGGGAGUUCAACGUCAAGAGAUGCAUGUGCAUGGUUCCAGAUCUCCAGGCUAUCGCCCUGUGGCCUUUCGAUGAGCACACCGACACCACCGUCGAUAACUUCUGGACAGACUGCGCUGGUGUAGAGCUUUUGGACGGUAAGGUCGGAUACGCUGCUCACUUCAACGGCACCGUCCACUGCGAGGUCCCACGUUUCAACAACUACCCAUGGGGAUCUGCCCUCACCAUCUCUUUCUGGUACAAGAACGCUGCUCACGCCAAGAACGACCGUGAGGGUCUCCUCAGCAACGGCAACUGCGCUAUCGAGCCAACCAUCUCCUUCUGGUCUGACCGCGGCUAUCUUGGAGGCCGUGUCCUGGUCAACAACAACGGCACCCUCCUCACCGUCGACCUCGGCAAGAACGGUGGCAGCGGCUGGAACCACGUCGCCAUGGUCUACGAUGGUCUCAGACUGGUGCUUUACGUCAACGGAAAAGUUAUGGUUGAUGAAAUCGCUGUCGGUGCUAUCCCAGCUACCCUUGCUCCACUGUACAUGGGCAGAGACUUGAACUGCGAGGCCGUCGAUGCUCGUUUCAGCAACACCAACCUUGUUGGAUUCCUCGAUGAGGUCCAGAUCUACGACUGGGCUCUUACCGACGCCAUGAUCUGGAAGCUCAAUGCUGGCGAGAGAAACAUCAAGAUGGCCAGAACCGACUAAAUCUACAUAUCUUAAAUUCACAAAGAUGACGAAUAAUUAGGAUUGAUGAACAAUGGCAUUGCGAAACAGUUUGCGAUGCGGCACGUGUGACGUGCAAUGACCAAACUGUUACUUCUUUUUCUUUCAAACAGACCUAAUAUUCACUUGAUCUUUUGCAUCUCAGAAUAGAACCAUUUAUCUUACGAGAAAUGACCAACCGCUUUUUCAAACUCGCGACCAAUUUAUCGUAUAAUAAAGUAAACAAUGAGAGUAAUAGUAGGAUGUAUGGAUAUACAAUGACUACGAGGAACACAAAGAAUUAUAUUGAUUGUAAAACAACAUGUAGCAAAAUAUAUUAUAUUUAUUAGCAGCAUAUCAAUA